GUGCUGACUGCCUAUGGUGACAUUGGAAAAUUAAAAUACCUGUAUUUCAUUAUAAUGCUGUUAUGGUACAUCUCCAUAUGUGUGGCCAACACAGUUCUUAUUGUAGUCAUUUAUGUGGAUAGAAGGUUACAUGAGCCGAUGUAUAUAUUAUUAUGUAAUUUAUUUGUGAAUGAAAUGGGUGGCAGCACAGCAAUUUAUCCUCUUCUGUUGUCACAGAUGUUUUCAGAUACCCAUGAAGUGACCCUGCCAUGGUGUUUUCUGCAGAUGGGUUAUCUCUACACAUGUGCCUCUGUUGAGUUUUGUAGUUUAGCAGCCAUGGCCUACGACAGAUAUGUCUCUAUCUGUCAUCCUUUACAUUACAAUGCAGUCAUGAACACAGGUAGAGUAGGGAUGAUCAUUCUGCUUAUAUGGGGAUAUUCAUUUGCUAACUUUCUAUUUUCAUUUUCAUUCAUCAUCCAUUUAACAUUUUGUGGAAAUGUCAUUGACAAAGUGUUUUGUGACCAUCACUUAAUAAUUAAACUUGCAUGUUCAGUUUCAGUAAUUAACAACAUAUCUGACCUGCUUUUUGCAUUUGUGACUAUUGUUAUCCCAUUUA